AUGAAGAAUUUCUCAUUUUCUCCUCAAGAAAAUGACUACCAGCUUGGGACUCCUUUUCUCCACAGUUUUCUCAACUUAACAAAUACAUCGAUUCUACCUGAAAGACAACCAAGAGAUGCGCAAUUAGCUCAGGUAGAAAUUGCUGUGCUAGGAAUAUUAUUUUUGGCAGCAUCUGUGGGCAACUGCAUCCUCAUACUACUGCUAUGGAGGAGAAGAAUGAAGCUGUCAAGAAUGUAUGUGUUCCUGCUUCACCUAAGCAUUGCCGACCUGAUGGUUGCAUUCUUUCAAGUCCUUCCUCAGCUGUUUUGGAAAAUUACAGAUAUCUUCAUAGGUCCAGAUAUCCUAUGCAGAACCAUCAGUUAUCUUCAGCUACUGAGCAUGUUUGCCUCCACUUAUAUGAUAGUAGUAAUGGCAAUGGACAGAUUCCAAGCAGUGUGCUAUCCGACAGCCCCUUUGCAAAAGAAAGGGGCUCUUUGGAAUGCUUCCAUCUGCAUCAGCUGGUGUAUCUCGUUGGUCUUUAGCAUUCCCCAGGUAUUUAUCUUUCGGAAAACUGAAGUAUCUCCAGGCAUAUUUGACUGCCAAGCAGAGUUCAUUGAACCCUGGGGCACAAAAGUGUAUGUGACUUGGAUUUCUGUAGCUAUUUUCUUCCUUCCUGCAGCUGUCCUCACCAUAUGCCAUGUUAGGAUCUGUAGAGCAAUCCAAAUGAAUAUGCAUGUUAAAAGCUACAAUGAAUUUGAAGUAACAAAUCAGAAGCAAAUAACGCCAUCGCAUGCAAGCAAUGCAAACUGUAUGUCAAAGGCGAUGAUCAAGACUAUAAAGAUGACAGUGGUGAUAGUUGUUGCCUAUGUUUUCUGUUGGUCACCUUUCUUCAUUGCACAGUUGUGGACUGCAUGGCACCCCAGUGAUGCUAGGACUGAAGGUCCAGUCAUAGCCAUUCUUAUGCUCCUGGGAAAUCUCAAUAGCUGUGUUAAUCCCUGGAUUUAUAUGUACUUUUGUGGACAAAUGCCAUAUUGUUCAGGGGGAAAAAUGAACAUGGCAACUCAUGAAGAAUCUACAAUUACAGGCAGCAUUAACUUAGGAGAUAAAGAAUCUGAAGACAAUAUCACAUCUGUGUAACUAUAGCAUAUAUAGUAUAGCUUGUUUAUUUGUUGCAUUCCAAUUCUUUUGAAGGGUCCCCCCCCACAAUUUGGAAGAAUGCAUGUACAGUGGAAAGGCAAUUGUAAGUGUGUGUGCGUGCAUGUGCGUGUAUUCAGUAUAUAUAUAUAUUGAAGCAAAUACUUACAAGGUUUCAAGCGUGUUAGCACAAUGAUGGAAAUUUUGAGUAUGGAGGCACCACAUUUGAAACUGUGUUUUGUGUUGUUUUUGGAUGUUUUGUGCUGCUGAGUUCUCCACAGACAAAGCACAUCUCAAAUGCAUGGGUUUGCAAACUUUUCACAAUAGCAUGUUAUCUUCAGGCAUAUCCAGUGAACAUAACAUAAAACCUCAAAUCUUUGGACAUACAGUAAUAGCACUUAUCCAAAGUGUUUUUACGGAUUAUACUAAGCAUAUAUUUUAAUAUAAUAGUAUAGUAAUGCUUGGCAUUUUUAUCAUGUGCUCUAGCUGGGGUGGCCCUUCCAUGAGGCAGUCACCUCAGGCAGCAGAUUAUUGGGGCCCCAGAAAGUUGACAAGUUGCCCCUCUGCCCCUUGCUUUUCAAAAAUGGGGGAUGUGGAGAAGGGGGAAAGGGUGCACACAAGGUGGAUAGCAUUCACCACCCUGCCUCAGGCGCACAGCAUUCACCACCCUGCUUUGAGCUGCUCCUGCUUUAAAGUGUAUAAAGCACACCACAUGCAUUGUCUCAGAAAUGUUUAUAACAAUCCUUUGAGAUGGUUCAAUAUCAUUUAUUAUCCUCAUUUGUAAUGGGGGGACUGAGGCUGAGAGGUCAGCAGCUUAUCUAAGCCCACUGAGUGAGUUCAUGGCUGAGUGAGAUUUGAACCAUAAUCUAGAGGUGUGCAGAACUGGUUUGACUGGUUCAAACUUGAAACAAACUGGCCUCAAAAAAAGGUGGUUGGUCCGAGUUCAAACUGAACCAGGCCCAGUCUGUUAAGUACCAGUUCGACCCGGUUCAACUAUUUGAGGGGUGAUGCUUGUAAAAGGAAAUCCAUUGAUGGUAGGGGUGUACGCAGAACUGUUUUUGGCGGUUCAGUUUGAAUUCAAACUGAAUUUGAUCCGAACUGCUGAUCUGAGAACCAGUUCACUUGAA